AUGGAGAAGAUGAAGAGGAUUAAGAAGCGUCUGUCGCUAACGCUGCGCUCCAGUCAGACUAUCGACGAGUCUCUCUCGGAGCUGGCAGAGCAGAUGACGAUUGAGGACGGUGGCACCAAAGAUAAUGAGCCCUUCAUGAGGAACGGCCGCCCACCCACCUCCCACAGCAUGCACUCCUUCUUGCACCAGUACACCGGCUCCUUCAAGAAGCCGCCGCUGCGCCGGCCGCACAGCGUCAUCGGCGGGACCCUGGGCUCCUUCAUGUCCAUACCGCGCAAUGGCAGUCGCUUGGACAUUGUGCACGAGAACCUGAAGAUGGGCUCAGAUGGAGAGAGCGACCAAGCGUCGGGAACGUCGUCGGAUGAGGUUCAAUCCCCGACUGGUGUUUGUCUUCGGAACCGGGUCCACAGAAGAAUCUCCAUGGAGGACCUGAACAAACGUUUGUCGCUGCCCGCCGACAUCCGUAUUCCCGACGGUUACUUGGAGAAGCUGCAGCUGACCAGCCCGUCCUUCGACCAGCCGCUCAGCCGCCGCUCGCGCCGAGCGUCGCUGUCAGAGAUUGGAUUCGGGAAGUUGGAGACGUACAUAAAAUUGGACAAACUGGGAGAGGGAACAUACGCCACCGUUUUCAAAGGACGCAGCAAGCUGACGGAUAACCUCGUAGCUCUGAAGGAAAUCCGAUUGGAGCAUGAGGAGGGAGCGCCGUGCACAGCCAUUAGAGAAGUUUCGUUACUGAAGGACCUGAAACACGCUAACAUUGUGACGCUACAUGACAUCGUCCAUACUGACAAAAGCCUCACGCUUGUGUUUGAGUAUCUGGAUAAAGAUCUGAAGCAGUACAUGGAUGAUUGUGGAAACAUCAUGAGCAUGCACAACGUCAAGGUCUUCUUGUUCCAGAUUUUGCGUGGACUGUCAUAUUGUCACAAGAGGAAAGUUCUCCACAGGGACCUAAAGCCCCAGAACCUCCUUAUUAACGAGAAAGGGGAGCUGAAGCUUGCUGAUUUUGGUCUGGCCAGAGCCAAAUCGGUCCCGACUAAAACGUACUCCAACGAAGUGGUGACUCUUUGGUACCGACCUCCUGACGUUCUGCUGGGGUCCUCCGAGUAUUCGACGCAGAUCGACAUGUGGGGCGUCGGUUGUAUAUUUUACGAGAUGGCCGCGGGUCGGCCGCUCUUCCCCGGCUCCACAGUGGAGGACGAGCUCCAUCUCAUCUUCAGGUUACUUGGAACGCCGACGGAGGACAACUGGCCGGGAAUAUCUUCCAUUGACGAGUUCAAGUCGUACAACUUCCCUAAGUACAAACCUCAGCCGUUCAUCAACCACGCUCCCAGGCUUGAUGGUGAAGGCAUUGAGCUCUUGCUGGCUUUCCUCAGAUACGAAUCCAAGAAGAGGAUCUCGGCCGAAGACGCCAUGAAACAUUCCUACUUCAGGCAUCUCGGCAUGAGAGUUCACACUUUGCACGAGAGUGUUUCCAUAUUCACUUUGAAGGAGGUCCAACUGCAGAGAGACCCGGGCUACAGAAACUCCUCAUACCCAGAAUCAGGCAACGGCAAGAUCAACCGAAGGCAGAGCAUGCUCUUCUAG